AUGACUGAGACCAGCACAGCCCCCAAGACUUCAUCUAACUGGACCCCCACUGGGACCAGCACAGCCCCCAAGACUUCAUCUAACUGGACCCCCACUGGGACCAGCACAGCCCCCACCUCUUUAUCCACCCCGACCCCCACUGGGACCAGCACUGCCCCCAAGACUUCAUCCACCCCGGCCCCCACUGAGACCAGCACAGCCCCCAAGACUUCAUCUAACUGGACCCUCACUGGGACCAGCACAGCCCCCACCUCCUCAUCCACCUCGACCCCCACUGGGACCAGCACAGCCCCCACCUCCUCAUCCACCUCGACCCCCACUGGAACCAGCAAAGCCCCCUCCUCUUCAUCCACACUGACCCCCACUAGCAGUCCCACCUCUUCAUCCACCUCUACCCCCACUGCGACCCCGACUGUGACUCCAACUGUGACCAGCACAGCCCCCACCUCUUCAUCCACCCCGACCCCCACUGGGACCAGCACAGCCCCCACCUCUUCAUCCACCUUGACCCCCACUGGGACCAGCACAGCCCCCUCCUCUUCAUCCACCUUGACCCCCACUGGGACCAGCACAGCCCCCACCUCUUCAUCCACCCCGACCCCCACUGGGACUAGCAAAGCCCCCUCCUCUUCAUCCACCUUGACCCCCACUGGGACCAGCACAGCCCCCACCUCUUCAUCCACCUCGACCCCCACUGGGACUAGCAAAGCCCCCUCCUCUUCAUCCACCUCGACCCCCACUGGGACCAGCACAGCCCCCACCUCCUCAUCCACCUCGACCCCCACUGGAACCAGCAAAGCCCCCUCCUCUUCAUCCACACUGACCCCCACUGUGAUCCCCACUGGGACCCCCACUGGGACCAGAGCAGUCCCCACCUCUUCAUCCACCUCUACCCCCACUGCGACCCCGACUGUGACUCCAACUGUGACCAGCAAAGCCCCCACCUCUUCAUCCACCUUGACCCCCACUGGGACCAGCACAGCCCCCAAGACUUCAUCUAACUGGACCCCCACUGGGACCAGCACAGCCCCCACCUCUUCAUCCACCCCGACCCCCACUGGGACCAGCACAGCCCCCACCUCCUCAUCCACCUCGACCCCCACUGGAACCAAAGCCCCCUCCUCUUCAUCCACACUGACCCCCACUGCGAUCCCCACUGGGACCAGAGCAGUCCCCACCUCUUCAUCCACCUCUACCCCCACUGCGUCCUCGACUGUGACUCCAACUGUGACCAGCAAAGCCCCCACCUCUUCAUCCACCUCGACCCCCACUGUGACCAGCACAGCCCCCACCUCUUCAUCCACCUUGACCCCCACUGGGACCAGCACAGCCCCCACCUCUUCAUCCACACUGACCCCCACUGCGACCCCGACUGUGACUCCAACUGUGACCAGCAAAGCCCCCACCUCUUCAUCCACCUCGACCCCCACUGAGACCAGCAAAGCCCCCACCUCCUCAUCCACCUUGACCCCCACUGGAACCAGCAAAGCCCCCUCCUCUUCAUCCACACUGACCCCCACUGCGAUCCCCACUGGGACCCCCACUGGGACCAGAGCAGUCCCCACCUCUUCAUCCACCUCUACCCCCACUGCGACCCCGACUGUGACUCCAACUGUGACCAGCAAAGCCCCCACCUCUUCAUCCACCUCGACCCCCACUGUGACCAGCACAGCCCUCACCUCUUCAUCCACACUGACCCCCACUGGGACCAGCACAGCCCCCACCUCUUCAUCCACCUCGACCCCCACUGGAACCAAAGCCCCCUCCUCUUCAUCCACACUGACCCCCACUGCGAUCCCCACUGGGACCCCCACUGGGACCCCCACUGGGACCAGAGCAGUCCCCACCUCUUCAUCCACCUCGACCCCCACUGUGACCAGCAUAGCCCCCACCUCUUCAUCCACACUGACCCCCACAGGGAACAGCACAGCCCUCACCUCUUCAUCCACACUGACCCCCACUGCCACCCCCACUGCCACCCCUACUGUGACCAGCACAGCCCCCAUAUCUUUAUCCACCUCCACCCCCACUGCCACCCCCACUGCCACCCCCAUUGGGACCAGCACAGCCCCGAUCUUUUCAUCUACCUCGACCCCCACUUCAACCUCCACUGGGACAAGCGCAGCCCCCACCUCUUCAUCCAACUCUACCUCCACUGCCACCCCCACUGCCACUUCCACUGGCACCAGUGCUGCCCCCACCCCUUCAUCCACACCAACCCCCACUAUGACCAGCAGAGCUCCCAAGUUUUCAUCCACACCAACCCCCACUGGGACUCACGCAGCCCCCAGCUCUGGUUUGAGUCCCACCAGCAGCAGCACUAGCCUGACAGUUUCAGGCGGCACACAAACCACCUCCAACUAUACUGGCACCACCGUUGCUGGGACUCCCAAUGGGUCUCUGCGGCCGUGGGAAAUAUUCCUCAUCACCCUGGCAUCUCUUGUCAUGGUCACGGGACUCUGUGCUGCAGUCUUCUUUUGUGUGAGGAGAUACCAGUCUGUGAGAAAUGCCGCUGACAUAACACUGUACAACUGCCGCCCUCGUCCAGAAGAGCCCCACACGCCUCCGGGGAGCCCUAUCCUGUCCUGGAGGAGACCAGUGAUUUCUGAGGUCAUGGAGAUGAACACACAGGAAGGAGAAUAA